AGAGAGUAACAGAGAGACUGAGAAAUUAUUUUAAUAAUAUCUAGUGCAAUUCGCGAGUGAAGUGUUAACUAAAACCAAGUAAACUAAUCAGAGAUUAGCGCAAAGCCCCAGGUGGGUAAAGCCACCCACCUAUACAGUGCAAUCACAAACACACACACACACACACACACAUGUGUGUAUGCACCCAACUUUGGAAUAACCAUAGAUAUUAUAUGUACAUUUAAACCAUGCUUAGCAGUUGCACUAAAGGUGAUUGUUCCGAUACCACAGAAGAGAUGACUGUCGACAGUAGAGAAUCCAAAGAUUUAGCCGAUCACGAGUUGGGCGAGGAGCAUCAGUAUGAUGACCAAACCAACAAUAACAAUGGAAGCGAUCAGGCAACAGAAGCCGAAGAGGAAACGAAUUCCUUAGAAGAGUCUAUAGAUGAAUUAGAGGAAAUCAAUCGAAUACAGGGAAAACAGCAACAAGACGCAAAAGAGGAGGGAGAAGAUGAAUCAAUGGCCACGACGCCACCGCGCAGUCCCAGAGCUAAGAUUGAGGACGAUGCUGAGGCGACGGGCAUCAAUGUGGUCGAUGGAUCGAUAAUCCCCAAAGUGGAGCAACCGGCAACACCACCAACACCUCCUUCGCCCUGCCCGUCACCUACAAGUCAUUCGCCUGCUCCUCCAUCGCCCCCUCCGCCACCGCUGCCGGCAGCAGUUUCGCUUCCAAAACUGCGGUUGAAUGCAUUGCUGGCCUCCGAUCCUGCCCUGAAACCAGACGCUAAGGAGCUCAAUUUGCUUGGAUCACCAGCAAUGAGCAAAUCCUCACUGCCCCCACCACCACCACCGUCAACUGAGCAAGCCGAGCUUGUCGAACCCCUGCUGAAGCCUGCGAGAUUCAUGUGUUUGCCAUGUGGCAUAGCCUUCAGUUCACCCUCAACCCUGGAGGCUCAUCAGGCCUACUACUGCUCGCACCGUCCCAAGGAAACGCCCGAGCAGGACGAGACGGGAGGUGAGAAGGCUGCUGAUGGGUCAAUCUCGAAUGCAGCCAGCGGCGCAAGCAGUAGCGGCUCCUCCAACGAACCGCCAGCCAAAAUGCCGCGCCUGGGCAAGCAAUAUGCCUGCACGCAGUGCUCCUACAGCGCGGAUAAGAAGGUCUCACUCAACCGUCACAUGCGGAUGCAUCAAUCUUCGCCAGCAACAGCUCCACCAACAGCUCCGCCAAUUACGGCCAACGGCGUGGGAUUGGGGAUUAAUCCCCUGCAAGAGGACACCUCUAGUCAACAUCAACAAAUCGAUCGCUAUUGCAGUGACUGUGAUAUCCGCUUCAACAAUAUCAAAACGUAUCGAGCGCAUAAGCAACAUUAUUGCAGUUCCCGGCGAUCGGAUGGCCAAGUGACACCCAAACCCGAAGGCCAAAGUGCUGCCAGCGUUGCCAGUGGCAGCGUAGCUGGAGGUGGGCAAGCUGUAGCAACAACUGGUGGAGCCAGUGGGGCCCUAAGUCCUCAGACAAAUCGCAAUCAUGCCAAUAAGACUCCCACUCCCGCAAUGGUAGCUGCGGCGGCGGCUGCUGCUGCUGCAGCGGCUGCCGCUUCUCUGCCCCCGCCUCCUCAGCCGUUUUUGGCCCUGCCCACCAAUCCAAUCAUUAUAGUGCCCUGCUCAUUGAUCAGGGCAGCCAGUCUCAUACCCGGACCACUCACCACUGCAACUUCGGGAAUCGUAAAUCCAGAGUCCACCUGCUUUACUCUCGACAAUGGAGCACUUAAACCCCUUGCGACGGCCCUCAACAUGGCCAAUCCCCUGCUGGAUGCGGGCAAGGAAACGGCAUCAUCAUCUGCCACAUCGGAGCAGCCAACGGCUGCAGCUAAACCAAGGAGCAGUCCCUCGGAGGGAGUAAAACGCAAAGAAGCCACUGGCAGUCGUGAAACGGUUCCAUUGGAUCUCUCAUUGUCCCGUCGUUCGCCCAUCUCUGCUCUGCUCCAGCGACCGGAUCUCCUAAUGGCUGGCCUAGGCUUUGGCUUGGGUUUGGGCAAAGAGAAUCUCCUAAUGAAUGAGAAUCAUCGUGUGGUAACACCCGAACAGAUUGUCUGUGCCCCAUCAUUACCCAGCAGUCCCUCGAUGAGUCCUUCUCCAAAGCGGCGAGCCGUGAGUCCAGCACCAGCACGAAGCUCUUCGGGCGGCGGAAGUACAGCAUCCAUGUCACCGCCCCAGCAGCAGCAACAGCAACAACAUUUGUUGGACAACUUGCCCCCACUACGUUCCAUGUUGCCGGCGGAAUACGCUUUAACCGAAUCCCUGCUGGCCAAAACGAAUCCGGAACUUGCACUGAAAUUGGCUGCCGAGCUCGCUGGCAAACUGGCGGCUGGGUUCACAGGCUCAGUGGCCACAGCGCCGGCGGUAGCAGCGCCUCCACCUGCAGCACCUGUCACAGGUUCCAGCAAUCAGCCGCAGAUCUAUGUGAAACAGGGCGUGUCCAAGUGCAAGGAGUGCAACAUCGUUUUCUGCAAAUAUGAGAACUAUUUGGCCCACAAGCAGCAUUAUUGUUCGGCACGCAACCAGGAGACACCUGGAGGAGGAGGAGCGGGGAGUGUUGAUGGCGAUAACUCCAAUUCGAAAUCCUCCUCACCUCCAGCGGGAGCUGCGGGCGUUUCGAAUGCUAGUGGAGUUGCUUCAGCCGAAUCUUCACCAGCUGUGGCCUAUCAGCAAUUGAUAUGUGCAGCCUGCGGCAUCAAGUACACAUCCCUGGAUAAUCUAAGAGCCCAUCAGAACUAUUACUGUCCCAAGGGAGCCAAUGCGGCUCCAGCUGCCGCUGCGCCGCCGCCCACCGCUGAUGAGCGCCUCAUUGUGGUCAAGGAAAAGUGCAUGAAGUGCAAGAGUUCGCAUGAUGCCAACUCGCCGUGUCCUGCGAGUGCCGUAACGAGUGGAACUCCAACUAGUUCCACAACUAGUGUCAACAAAUGUCCCGUUUGCGGCGUGGUCAGUCCCAGCGCUGCUCUCGCCCGCAAGCAUAUGGAAAUGCAUGGAACGGUUAAGGCGUUUCGAUGCAGCAUUUGCCAAUACAAGGGCAACACCCUGCGGGGCAUGCGCACCCAUAUCCGGACCCAUUUCGACAAGAAGACCAGCGAUGUCAACGAGGAGCACUACAUGACCUGCAUCUUCGAAGAGGAAGCAGCCGCCUUGACAGCCUCAGGAGGUGGCGGUGGGGUAGAUUUGCCAGCUUCAGCUUUAGCUCCCGAUCAACUAGACCAGCAUCCCCCACAGAUUUUCAAUUGCGAAUAUUGCAACUAUGCCUCCACCUACAAGGGCAAUGUGCUGCGUCACAUGAAGCUUUUGCAUCCCCAUGUGGCUACCAUAAACUCACCAUCCAUAUCGCCCGAAUCGCGUGAUUCCCACCAACAGGACAUCCUGGCCAACUCCCUGCCGGAUGUGGUCAACGGGGAAGUGGCAAGUUUUCAUAUAAAAUCAGAGCCCAUGGAUCACACAGUGGCGCCAUCUGCUCUACCUCCACCACCACCGCCCACCUUAAGCUUGAUACAUGAGAACAAUAACUCGCCCAUUUCCACACCGCACAUCAAAUCUGAACCUGGCCUCGAUAUUGAUGUGUCGCCGCCCAGUUCGCUGGUCUUGGCUCCACCCCCUGUGUCUUCACCUGUUUUAGCUGCCGCUGCAGCGGAGGCCAUGAAAAAGUACUGUUCCACCUGCGACAUAUCCUUCAACUAUGUGAAAACCUUUUUGGCCCACAAGCAAUUCUAUUGCAAGAGCAAGCUGCAGCGACCAGAGGCCAGCGACAGCCCCAGCCCCAAUCAGAUGAGUGGCGUCGGUGGAGCAGCAACAGGCGGUGGAGUGGUGGGUGGUUUGCUGGGAAUGGGUGGCGGCGGCGGUGCGGGAGUCCAACCAUUGCAAUCUCCUAGCGAAUUGAUGAUGCUGCAGAAGAACAAGGAGAACCUACAGGAGGCGGCCAUUUGAGAGAGCCAACGCAUUUGGGAGGCUCAACGUAAACAGCUGGAAUGGUACUACAAGUGCUUCUAGAGAGAGACAGAGACAAAAAUCGAAUGACCAGACAGAGAAACGCAACACGUAUCGUCACAGUAUUCCUGGAGAAUCUCCUGGACCGAUCGAUAUAUACAUACAUAUAUUAUCUAUACAGAUAUAAUGAGUAGCUAGAUAUGUAGAGAAAAAUCACAUGACAUAUAAUGCAUGCCAAAGCUUACCACUUAGAGGAACUACGACAGAGACUAAAUAUUUACUGCAGAGAGAGGAUAGUGCAAGAAACUUGUACAGGACGAAGGAGGGGGAGUGCUGCAUUUGCGUCUGCCUGGCCCAGACCGUUAAUUCUAAUACUAUAGAUCCCCAUAUUAUAUUGUAGACGUUCACAUUCACACAAACAAAAUAACUAAAACUAAACUGUGUAAUUUAUCUGAAUACAAUAUUAUAUAGUAUAUACCUAAAUAUAAUAUAUACACAUAAAUACAUACAUAUACCUAUAUCUACUAAGUGUGUGCGACAAUAAAGAAAACAACUAAUUUAUUCAAAUACAAAACAUA